GACUUACUUCACAAACGCACAAGCAGACGUCACGCGUUACGGAUUACGAAAAACAUUUAUUUCUAUUUAAUUUUUCCUUUAUUAUUCUUUAUUUUGCUAAUAAUAUAAUGUUUACAAUCAGGAAAUAGAAUACACAUUGCCAGUUCGCAGAGUAACAUUAUUGUUUCGUCAAGAAUGGAGGCAAAUGGUGCAGUUUUGUGUGACAAUUUGAUUAAGUGGUUGCAGACUUUAGAUCUUAAAGCAAAACAUGGAAAUCCAUCAGAACUGUCCGAUGGUGUGGCAAUUGCGGAGGCACUCACACAAAUUGCACCAGAAUAUUUUUCACCGGGAUGGAAUUUGAAAAUAAAAACAGACGUCGGACAUAAUUGGAGGCUAAAAGUUAGCAAUCUGAAAAAGAUAUUGGAGGGUGUUGUAGAUUAUCAUCAAGAUAUUCUAAAUUUAAGUUUACAAGAGUUCUCAAGGCCAGAUGUAGUAAAUAUAGCUGAGACUGCCGAUGCCUCAGACUUGGGGCGACUGUUACAACUUGUUUUAAGUUGUGCAGUAAAUUGCGUCAAAAAGGAAGAGUACAUCACAAGAAUAAUGGAAAUGGAGCUCUCAUGUCAAAGAUCUAUAAUGCAAGCAAUACAGGAACUGCAGACAUUAACGCUGGGCGUGAAUCGUGGCAGUGUAGGCUUGGACGCGCCGCCGGUCGAGCAGUCUGAUGCGGACAUGAGAGAAGCCCUCGCGCAGAGGUGCCAUGAACUAGACACGCAGGUUAAAAUUCUCCAAGAAGAGAAGAUGACGUUGUUGAGUGAGGUGGCGAGGUUGACAGCGGCGCGGGAAGCCGUUGUCGACUCAGGAGAGGCGGAGCUAGAUGACGCAGGAGCUUCACUGGGUCCUGCUCAUGCUGGCACAUUGCGUUACACCACCAUGAGGUCACAAUUAGACGCUCUAAAAGAUGAACUGGAUAAGGUGGAACUCCAAAGAGAUGAUCAGCAUGCAAGAGCUGAUGCUUUAGAGCGGGAGUUGGCGUUGAUGAAGCUUAGGAAUGAGGAGUUGCAGAUGGCAGCUUCGGAAAACGUUGCAUUAAAGGAUGAAUUGGACGCGUUAAGAGAGACGGCUGCUAAGGCAGCAGCUUUAGAAGCUACGGUCGCUUCCUAUAAAAAGAGGAUGGAGGAACACGUGGACUUGAGGAGGCAGGUGAAGCUACUGGAACGAGCCAAUACGGAGCACGUGCAGCGCGCCAUUGAACAUGAACAGGCCGCCGCUAAAGCGAACGCGAUACGAGCACAACUUGACAUUUAUAAGAAACAAGUAAUGGACCUAAAUGAGAAACUGGACGCAGAGAUAACGAAGGCGGACAAGCUGGAGAUUGAGAACAAGAAGCUGAGCAGCCGCGCGGCGUCCGUGCAGCGCGAGCGGGACGCGCUGCUGGCCGAGCGGGACACGCUGCGGGACACCGUCGACGAGCUGCGCUGCUCUACUAUUACUGCUGGUGCCAAUGAAGAUAACGUGUCCCGUGAACUGAUCCCCAAUGACCUGAAGGAGCAACUCAUUCGAUUGGAACACGAAAACAAACUGUUAAGGCAGAACCAAGAUCAGGCGUCUGUUCAGGCUCUAUUAGAAGACUAUGUAGCGCGAUUAGAGAAGCAGCGAGCAAUGAAUCGGGAAGCGAACCAACGUAUCAUGCAGUUAGAAGCUACGUUAGAGGCACCGCAUCCGAGAUUAGCAUCUGCUAUUGAGGAUAAUCAGAGGAAAUCAUUGCAAGUAGAAGAAUUACAAGCGGCCUUAGCGGAGGAGCGGCGGAGAAUCACAAAGUUACAAGAGGCGGUAGCGGCGAGGGACGCGGAACUGUUGGCCACUGAGGAUAAAUACAAGAAGUGCCUGGAGAAGGCUAAGGAUGUUAUUAAGUCGCUAGAUCCUAGAGCCUCUGCUCAACCGUCUCUGUCAGACAUAACAUUAGGUUACUCUCGUGCGGCGGGCGCCGGGGCUGGACCCUCGAGGCCCGAGAUCGCACCAGCAGCGAGUAAUAGGAAUGAUUGGUCUGGCAGUGCGGAGGACAGCGCGCGCGGCGGCGGCGCGGCGGGUGCCAGCGAGCAGCGGCUGCUGACGAGCGCGUGGUACGCGCUGGGCGCGCGCUGCCACCGCGACGCCGUGGACACGCGCUUCACGCUGCUGUCGGCGGGCCACUCCUUCCUGGCGCGCCAGCGUCGCCAGCCGCCGCGCCCGCGACCGCAUGCCGCGCCCAGCCCCGCGCCGCCCGCGCCCGCGCAGUGACGCAUGUAAGUCUACACGCUCGGGAACCAACGUACGUCAGUCAUCGGUCUAAUCUUUAUCCAAAAUCUCUGGAUUAGUUUUUGACAGAAACUCCAUAUAAGUAAUGUCAAAAAUCGAUCUUAAUUUACCGAUUUUGGAUUGAGAUUGCUUACUAAACAUCACAAAACUGCUGUCAAAAUCGAAACUGUAUUUGACAAAAAUGCCUGUCUACUUUCAAGGAGGCAUCCUUGAAACCAGACAGUUUAAUUUACUGUAUGUAUUCCGAUGCUGUGUACUAAGAGUAACUAGCGCAUAAGUGUUCACGGAGAAACACGGAAAUAAGUCCACAAUGUGUUCCAUUACCCAUCGGUUUGAGCGAACUUAUAUUUGUGAUUGGCCAGGAUAUGUGUAUCUUUUGUAAAUAAAUAAUAUUUGUGUAUAACUAUUUACACUAACGUGAUUGGUCGCUGGCCGAGCGGUCUCUUCCAUCUAUUAAUGUUCUGUUAUUUCUACGUCACUUGAAAUCACAUAUAAUUUUUGUAUCUAUUGUAAUAUCCGUACGUAAAGACGUGCUGCAAAAUAGUCCCAGUGGGGCAGAUGUUAGUUUUAAAUAAAGACACAUUCUGUAUUAUAAGAACAUGUUAUGUGACCUAAGUAGACACUUUAUUACAAUUAUUUCCUAAAUAAUGUCUCUUUGUAUGAAAAAGACAUUUUUUGAGUACUAAUUUUGCUCAUGAUAUGUGUUAAUUAUUUUAGAUUAAAUUAUAAAGCACGAAAUGUAACCACCUGGUUAAAUUAGCUAUUAUCAAUGUGAAGAAACUUUUAGAAAAAAUUGCAAUAUUUAGUUAUGUAUUAUUUUGUGAUUUUCUAGCUAGGUAUUGACGAUAAAAUGUUGAAAGGUUAAAAUAUUCAGAAGAGAAAGUUAACAAAGGUAGUAUGGCCCUCAUAAGCCCUUUGUUCUAUUCAAAGUAAUCGAUCAUUUCAUCACCAAAAGUCCAUAGAUUUCAACAUGUGAUCUUUAACGUGUUAAGUCUUAAGACAUAAGAGUUUCACUUGCAACAAAUGCAUUAAUUUGUAUCUGUCUACUGAACAAAACAGAUUUUUACAAGACAAUGUUGUCUUGUAAAAAUAAAAAUAACUACAAUAUGGACCGGAGUUAUUUUGUUGCUCUACAUAAACUCGAAACUACGCAAUAUUUUUUAACUCUUUCAUUUUUAACGCUAAAUAAUAAUAAUUAAUUUGAACAAAAAAUAUUCUAAUUUAUUAGUUAAAAGGACGAGCUUGCGCAAAGUGCGGAAUAUAUUGCGUAAUUUUUUCGCAAUAGUCUCGUAAUUGCGCAACUUGGAAAUGCCAAGACUUUUCUACCGUAUUGAUGCCACUUCAAUAUAUUGCCUUAUGGGUUGAUUACAAAAUUAUAAAUAUGUAUUUCCAUGCGUCAUUAAGGUUUAUUUAAAUUUAAAAUUUACUUAUUUUUUCAAUAUUGGUGGUUAAAAUAUAUUCGGUGUUGAAAAUUCACCUCUAGUGGUGCUUUCUCAAAAGAAAUGUUAGAAAAUGUUUUAGAGUAGAAUAGCCAAGAAAAAUAAGCUUAAUUGAAGGAGAUAUUUUCUAUAAUUACGCUUUACUCGUAUCAGCUCUUGAGAUUUACCAUAACCAAAAAUGAAUGAUCAUACAAUGUACCUAUUACCUAUAUAAUCUCUUAACUAUGAUUUCAAAUAAUUAUUUAUAUUCUAUCAAUCUGUAUUCUAUUCUUCUUGAAGUUGUAAAGUCUACUAUUUACUUCGUUAUUAUUAUUUGUGAUUUUCUAUACAUCACCUUUAGUAUAUUUUCGUUUUUUUAAAGGUCAUUGGAGUUCAAUGAUUCUUGUAGAUCAGUAGGUGAUAUUCGUGAUAAGAUAGCAGUAUAUAACUGUACUGUAUGGUUCAUGGGAUACAAAGCUAUGGUGUAAAGUCCUUGAGCUAAUCUAUUCCCGUCCCUUCGAGAUAUACCUAAUUUUGACAGAAUAUAUAACCGAUAAUAUUGUAUAUUUAUAAAAAUGGCGUACGCCUUAUAAUACUUUCCUUAAACUGUGACAAUAUUGUAUUUUCCGCUAAUUACCUUAUUUUAGUUUAGGUUAACAAAUAUGUGUGAUCCUAGAACAAAUCUAAGCUUCGUGCACUACAUAUAUUUUAAGAUAAUAAUUAUCGUAAUGUUUAUAACAUCGUUUUAUAUCAGUAUUUUGUUAAUAUUUAUAAAUGUUGUAACCGAAGUCUUGUCUAAUCAGAAUUUAUUAUUUGUUAAUUUUUGUAAACUAUUAUUAUCACAUUAGCAAUCGAAUCAAACAUUAUUAUUGUCAAUAUGUAUAGAUUAUAUCAAUUAUUAUGCAUUUUAUUAUGUAUCUGUGUAAAAUUACGAUUUAAUUCAUACUGGUAACAGUAUCAGUACAGUGAAUGGAACUAUUGAUGCGGAGCAGUGCAAAUUAUUUAUUUAAUUUUAGUAUAAAUUGUAAUUUAUUGUUAAUGAUGACAAUAUAGUUUUGGAUUUUUUAAUAUACCUUA